AUGGACUCACUCAUAGCGAAGGCAGACGCGAUGCGGCCUGUUGCGAAACGUCGAAAAACUGGCGACAAACCAGGCCCUUCCAAGUCCAAGCAUGGUCGAACAUCAGAUGGAUCUAAGAAAGCCAAAGAGUCCUCUCAGCCCGAGAAAGCGUCAGAAACUUUGAUCUCCAUCAAGUCCAAAACCUCUUUGCCGCGCUCACUUCGUCCUACCUCUCCUCCUCCAAAAGGCGUCAAGAAACAUGCACAUAUAACAAACAAGUCUCUCCGACUAGAGCUUGACAGACGAGCCGAGCAAACCGCUAGGUCGCAAGCUCUCCGCGCAGAUGUUGCGCUACUCACAGAAGCAGUCGGCGCAGAUGCAGGUCGUGUCGAGGUUGAGGACGAGAUGGAACGGACUUGGCGCGUUGGUCAGGCAGAGAUUGUACGCGAGGUUGGUGUCGAAGCCGCGCGACAGCAAAAAGAAUACAAGCUCGACGGUGGGCCGUAUAGAGUCAGGUACACACGAAAUGGUCGACAUCUCGCCAUUGUUGGGAAGCUCGGUCAUGUCGCGUCAUUUGACUGGCAAACCGGAACUAUGCAUGCGGAGUUGCAGCUCCGAGAAACAUGUCGAGAUAUUACGUACCUGCAUGAUCAAUCUCACUUCGCCGUCGCACAAAAGAAAUACGCUUUCAUCUACGACCAAAACGGCGUCGAGCUGCACAAACUCAAAAACCACGUCGAGCCUACACGACUCGAAUUCCUGCCUUACCACUGGCUCCUCGCGAGCGUUGGCAACUCAGGACAUUUAAAAUACCAAGAUACCUCAACCGGCCAACUCGUUGCUUCACACCGAACAGGACUUGGAUCUUGUCACACACUUGCGCAAAAUCCACAGACAGCAGUGUUAUACCUCGGUCAUCAAAAUGGACGUGUAACGCUUUGGACACCAAAUCUUGCGCAUCCUGCUGUAUCUCUUCUUGCACAUCGCGGAGGUAUCACGGGUCUGUCUGUCGAUCCGAGUGAUAGUGGACGAUACCUUGCGACUGCAGGAGUGGACGGUCUAGUAAAAGUAUGGGACUCUCGUACAUGGGGCGUUGUGCGUGAAUGGACAACUCGUGGGGGUGGCGGCGAAGUCGAAUGGAGUGCGAAGGGUACACUUGCAGUCGCUUCAGGCGGAACAGUAAACACAUACAACCCUCCCCACAACCACACUCCAAUCCCCUCCAACCCACGCGCCCCACCUCCUCUCUACCUCACACACCCCAUCCCCUCUCGCCCACUCACAUCUCUCCGCUUCUGUCCCUUCUCCGACGUCCUUACAAUCGGACACGCCCGUGGACUCUCAAGCAUCCUCAUCCCAGGAAGCGGCGAACCCCACUUCGACUCCGGUGAAGCAGACCCAUUCGAGAACAAGCACAUGAGAAGAGAACGCGAAGUUCGCAACUUACUCGACAAGAUUGCUCCGGAGCUCAUAACCUUCUCAGGCCCAGCCCCAGGUUCUCUCGCCCCUCCCUCCAAACUAACUCUUCCAGGUGGAGAAGGCCAAACACCCGACUUACCCUUCUCGCGCCUUCCUCGUAUCGACAGACUCAAGGUUGCUGGCAAGUACGACCCAACAGAGGAAGUUGACACUUCGGACACUUCAGACGGAGAUGAUGAUAGUCAGGAGGAGGGAGAAGGGGACGGUGUAAAUGGGGAAGGCACGAAGAGCGCAGAGAAGACAAAGAAAGUCCUGAAGGAGCGCAUAAAAAAGAAAAUGCGAGGGAAGAACAAGAGUAUGAAACGAUACCUACGCAAACACCGCAAAAAUGUGAUCGACCCACAAACCGUACGUCCUUCCGUUUCCUAUCCGUCUAUCCUUAUCAAAAAAGGAUACCACGAACUUACCGCCUCUUCAUUGCCCAUUUCACAGGUGGCCAUCCGCGCCAAACUCGAAAAACAACGCGAAGAACGCCGUCGAGCACUCGCAACCUCGCGUGGAGGAGAAACAACGCGGAAGCCAAGUGUCCUUGAUCGAUUCCGUAGGGAUACACGAUGA